AUGUCAGUUUCUCAUUCGCCGCUUGACAGAGCUCGUGUUGUUAACUCCCCUCCUCCGGCCAACCAACCUGGCCGUGACCAGAGUCGGCCGGCCACGUGGGUAGACGUAGAAACCGUUAUGCUGGGCUGGACGAGGACAGAUGGGCAGCAGAAGUGUAAUCAUGCUGCUCCAGAGGCGGACUUUCCCAGCCCUCAAGGGAGCCUGUGCGACAACCAGUGA